UAAGUUAAGUUUAUCUGUCAUAAGCCCGAGCGUGAACUUUUCCAUAUAAUGCUGUUCGGCCGCAAUCUUUGAAUAUUAUACCAAUUUUAUGUCAGCUUGACUUUAAAUUUAAUAUUACUGACAAAAUGCAGAGUCGUGAUGAAUUCUCUCAAAGCCCUUAUUUAGAGAGUUCUUUUCACUCAAAGAAAUCGAAGAAAUCAAAGAAAAGAAAGCAUGAACGAAGGGAAACUGAAAGAGAAAGCGGGGAAUAUCACAAGCACAAGUCGAAACACAAGAAAAAUAGAAGAUCUUCAAGCAGUAAACAUGCUAGACGCGGAUCAAGAAGAAGUAGCACUGGCUCUGAUCACUUGCAAACUAAUCCAGAACAUUUACAUCCAUUACUUUUACGACAAAAUGCUAAUUUUAAUGCUGGCAUUUAUCCUACUUAUAAUAGUCAAGAUCCAAUGAUAUUGCGAAGUCCUUCAGUACUCUGGCCAGUUAGCUCUAUGACUGCUGGUCCUGCAGUUGCUGCUUAUGCAGAUUAUAGUGCUUAUCUUCAAAACAAUACAUCUUCACCAAUUAGUUUAGCUGCCUUACAUGAUGCACAAAUAGGUCUUGGGUCUCCCCAAACUAUCGGAACAAGAGUUGUUGCUACUCCCGUUACAUUAUCUUCUACACUUGGUAUGGGUAUACCCAGAGCUUUAUCUGGAUCAUACUUACUUGGUGAAAGUGAUAUUUCGUAUGGUAUUCAAUCUGGAGCAAAUUCAUUGCAUUUAAACACCCAGCAUUGUGCUCAAACUGCUAGUAAUAUUUGGCAGAUGAGACAAGUAACAAGUAUAUUACAAGAAAAUCAAACUAAACAAAUUACAAAAAUAGAAAUUUUAAAUAAUGAUAGUUUUGUGCCUAAGUCUACUGCAAAUGAUACCGGCAUAUGUCAAAUAUCUCCUGCUGGUGUUCCACCUCAAGAAAAAGCAGUUAAAGAAGAACCUAAUUCAAAAAUUAAGGUGGAACAAAAAAGUAAAGACAAGGUUAUAGUUAAAGAGAAUAGUGUAGUUGCUAGUUCUGCUUCAGAGAUAAAGUUGUCUUUACCUUCACAUUCCUCACCAUCAACCGCUACUAUUUCACUUGAUAAAAAUCCUAAAGAAACUUCAACAAGUUUUAUCCCUCAACAACAUGUUUUAAAUAAUUCUCGACCACAGAAUCAAAAUUCUGUUACAUCUCAACCUCCACCAAAUUUUGAUCCCGUCAAGCCACUUCCCUCGUUUGGUGUGCAACAUCCUGCAAACAAUUUUGAAUUACAGCAUCCUCCAUUGAAUUUUGAUCCAAAGCAUCCACAUAAUUUUGAACUUCAAAAGGUUCCAUUUAAUCCUAUGCAACAAUUUGAUUCUCAAAGAAUUCCACAUAAUUUUGAUAUAAGACAUCCUCCACCGCGAUUUGAUCUUAUGCAAACACCUCCUAAUUUUGAUUCUAGAUUUCCUCCUCCACAUUUUAACCCAAGAUGUCCUUCACAAAACUUUGAUCCUUAUCUACCUCCGAAUAGGUUUGAUCAACCACCAAUUCUUCCAAACUUCAACAUGCAGAAUCCUCCAAAUUUUGAUCCACGUCUUCCACCGCCUAAGUUUGUUCCUUGUGGACCUCCACCAAACAUAGCUCCGAGAUCAAAUUUUAAUCCAAGACAAGUUAUUCAACAACCACCUAUUUGGCCUUCUUCUAAUUUUGAUUCUCAUAGACCUCCUCUAGUUGGGAGACCUCCAGGAAUCAUUAAUCAAGACAGUGCUUAUCGUCACCCAAGAUUCCAACCUCCAGGAAAUCGUUUUAAUAUGUUACGUAAUCCAAUGUCACCAACACCUAACAGAUUUAAUAAUCAGAAUUCAGUUGACUUUUUUCCUCCCACAUCAGUUUUUCAAGGUAACCCUCCUAGUAGACCCAAUGAGCAUUUUGAUGUUCAAAUGCAAAACUUUAACCAGAAUAAUUUUAAUGCAUAUGGAGAUAAAGUUAAACAGUAUAAUGAUCAAAAACCAUAUGAAAAUUAUUCUGACCUUCGUGAUGAAAAAAAAGACUUUUCACAAAACGAUCAGUUUGAAUCUCUCAGGUAUUCCUCAUUAGGACAUGAUCAUGAAAAGUAUAGCAUUGGACAUUCAUCAAAUUUAGUUCAAAAUAACAUGAGGCAAAACGAAUUUGAAAAAUAUCCAUCUGACAGCAGAGAAAGGUUUUUUUCAGGCAAUGAUGUACAACGAUAUGACUCGAGUAGGUAUAAUGCUGAUUCUGAUUUAAGGUAUACAGGAUAUAAUGAAUCUAAAGAUUCUACAUUUCGUUCUGGUUUCUUACAAGGGAAUACUAAUAAUAAAGAUAAAGAAAAUUCCUUUGAAUCGAAUCAUUACGAUGAUCGAAGUCAUAAUACACAUCCAUUAAGUAAUAAAGAUAUAGAAGCAACAGAUUAUUCUAUCAUUGUUAAAGCUUUGAGAACACUAAGUUCAAGUAAUACUCCAGUAAAUGAGCAGUCCCCUGUUGCAUAUUCAGGUGAUGGGUUUGAACCAGUUUCUCCAGCAAGAUCAGAUCCUAAAGAGAAAAAAAGCAAAAAAAAGAAACACAAAAAAGAAAAGAAAAAAGAUUUAAAGAAAAAACUUCAAGAAAAGUUAGCUGAGCUUGCUACUUUGAAUGAGCAGUCUGAUAAUCUUGCAGAUAAUAUCCAAUCAAAAUCAGAUCAAGAAGGUGAAAAAAAAGAUGAUGGAAAAAAUUCAUCCUUAAGCAUUCAGUUUAGUGCAAAGCCUUCUAAAAUGAAUAUCAAACUUCAUUCUCCUAUUGUUAAAGGAAAUGUUUUUCAAAAAUACAAAAAUCAAAUGUUAAAAUCAGAAUCACCAAUUUUUCCAACAAAACAUAUUGAACAUGGAGAUCGUAAGUACCGAAAAGUUGCUGAAAGUGGUAAAGAGGAAAAUCCUGAUGAUGCUCAGAAGUCUGAAGAUGCUAAUGAUCCUCAAACAAAAGAAGAUUUAUUAAAAAUGUUAGGCAUUAAUACGGCAUUUAAAGAAAAAAGGGAAACCUUUAGUGGAUCUGAAGACGGCGAAGUGUUAAGUGACGAUGAAGUAGAAGAAAGACUAAAAAUUAAAGAGAAACAAGCAAAGCAGGAAGAGGAUAGUUGUGUGCAAAUACCACUAUUAGAGCCAAGUUCAACUAUUGAUGUUCCUUCUAAUAUCUCUAAACAAGAAAAAAAAGAUAACGGUGAACAAAGUUCUGAUGGUGAACUCAGUACAGAUGGUGAGUUGAGCUCUGAUGAUGAUGGAAGUGAUGAUAGCUUAGAUGAAUUUGGCAGAUCUAAAAAAUUGCGGUUUUUAAGUGGCGACAAUAAUGGGUAUAGUUCUGCGUCUGAAAGUUCAGAAAAUUCUGACGAUGAGAGAGCACGAUGGGGACAACCAGAAAGUCAAUCUUCUGUUGCUUUGGAAAGUUUUAGUCGCUCAAAAAGUCGUUCAGUAAGUGUUAGUCCUGUGCCAUCAGCUGUUAUUUUAGAAAAUUCUGAAGAUUUGGAAAAAUUACCUGUUAUUGAAGCUCAGCUAGAAGAAGUUCCUUUAAAAACCAAAGAGGAAAUUGAAAAAGAAAAAGUGUUAUUAGAACAACUAGAACUUGAAAAAAAACGUGAAGCUGCGGAAAAAGAGCGCUUGCGUUUAGAAGUUUCGCAACUUGAAAGUAAAAUUGACAAAAACUUGAUAGCUCGAGGUCGACAACGAGAAGACAAAAGUGAAUCUAGUGCCACUGAUAUAAGUGAUGAAGAAAAUGAAAUUGAAAUAAAGGAUAGCAAUGUUGGCCUCCCUAUACCUGAGAGUAGUAGCGAGUUGUUGAGACUUAAACUUGAGGAAAAAAUAAAAGAAAAAGAACUUGAAGUUAUAAAAGUGAAGGAAGUCAAAUGUAAAAUUGAAAAAAAAGUUGACAUGUUUGCAGACUCAGGUGAAGAAGAUCAAGAAAAAGAUGAAAUUGUUGCUGAAUCUAAUGAGCAACCAAUGGAAGUUGAUCUAAAAGAUGGUGAUGUACAGUCAGCUGUUAAUCCAGUCACUGUUUGUGAUAACAACUCUAGUAUUACUACUUUAAUGCAGGAUGAGAAAUCAAAAGAAUGGAAUGAUAAAGAUGACGAGUUUGAACGAACUCUUAAAUCUUUGCAAGAAAUUCGUAAUACUAUGGAAACAAUGACCAAAGAAGAGUUAGAAAAUGCUUUAAAGUUACAUUCCUUGGAUACUAUUAAGAUUGAAGCUGAUGAUGGAAGAAAAACACCUCUGCAUCUAAGAGAUAUAGAGAUUCCAAUCAAAUCUUUAACAGAAUAUGUUGGUAACCAUAGAUUAUUGUUUAAGCAGAUAUUUAGAAAUAUUAAUAAAAAGGAGUUCAAGCAUAUGCUACCAAAAAGUUUGUUGAAAUAUGAUAUAAAAAUGGUUCGAAAUUGGUGUUUUGAUGAGAUUGAAAUAAUUUCAAAAAAACGUUUGCGUGCAAUACUUUUGCAACAAUAUCUUGCAUCAUCAAGCAGUGAAUCCGAAGAUGAGACAGAAGACAUAAAGAAAACGGAGACGGACAAAAAUAAAGAAGUCGUUGUUGAAGACAAAGAGACCGUUAUUGAAGACAAGGAAGUUAAAAAAGUUGAGAAAAAAAAGAAAAAGAAAAAUAAAAAGUUAAAAAAACAUAAGAAAUCUGAGGACAAAUUAGAGGUAACACUAGAAAAAGAAGACACUUGCAGUCUGAUUAAAACCGAAAACCAAGAUGAAAGUAAAAAUUUAAAUAAAAUAGAAGUUGAGGAUGCCACGGAAACCUCAGUGUGUGGUGAAGUUGAUAAAGAAUCUGAGAGCGAUGAACUAAAAAAUAUUAAAACUCAAGAAGUAAUAGAAAAAGAAAAAAUUGAAUGCGACCAAACAAUAGCGAAAACUAACGAAAACGAAACGGAAACAAAAGAAGAACAAAUUGUAAAAGUUAUUGAUGAAAAAUGCCAAGCUGACGCCACUCCCAGUGAGACAGAAAGUGAAGAUGCAGAAAGCUCCUCAAGUGAUAAUGAUAAUGAAUCAGAGGAAUCAAAAGAAGAGGAAAAAUCAAAUUCUUCAGCGAGUGAAUCUUCUGUUAAAUCGUCUGAAGAUGAAUCGGAAGAAAAAGGAAGUAGUGACGAAAAAUCGAAAAAAAAAGAAAGUUCUGCUGAUGAAAAUGAUUCUUCCGAUGAAGAAUCUUCUAGUGAAAAUGAAGAAGAGCUGCACAAAAAAAAUCGAAACCAGAAGCAACAAAAAAAACACUCAAAAAAUGAACGGAAACAGAAAAACAUCAAACAAAAAAAAGAAUCUUCAAGCAGUAGCGAAGCUGAGUCUUCAUCAGAUUCUGAUAAAAAAGUCCACCGUUCCGAAAAGAACUCUUCUAUAAAGUCAAAACCAAGUUCUAAGAACAACGAAAAUAUUUCAAUUACUGAUCAAAAACGCAAUCAAAUUCGAGAAAGAUAUUUGUUAGAGAAAGAAAGACGUUUACGUGAGAAAGAUCGUCGAAUACGUGAGUUAAUGAAGCGCAAGCGGAGAAGAGAGAAAGAAGAAUCGGAAGAAGAGACUGAAGAAGAAGAUGACGAUGAAGAGGAAGAAGAGGAAGAUGAAAAGCACGAACGAAAGCAAAGAAAUGAAAAAAAUAAACAAGAAGAAAAAGAACGUCGUAAACGAAACACGCGAGAUGCUGAUAAUAGAAGUAAAAAGCAGCAAGAUAGUUCUGACUUAAAUUCGUCUAGCAACUCUUCUGAUGGAGAGGGAAAUGAAGAUGAAACCUCGUAUAGAAAUCAAAUGAAAACUCCGAGUGGUCGUCAAACUGAUGAAAAGCGUCGACAUUACGCCAAAUAUAUUGCGCAUAAACGUAAACAGCAACAGCAAGAAAUGGAAAAAAUUGACUUGCGACGAAAGUUAACCGAAAAUGCGCAACAGCAAGCGCGUGAUCUAACGAUUCAUGAAAAGGAAUUAAUUUUUCAGAGAGAGGCUGAAAAGCCAGAAGGUUACGACGAACGAAAACGCAGAAGGGAGAUGGAGUGUGGCAAGGGUCAUAGUAAUUGGGUGCGACGAUCGGGCGACGAUGACUUACGUAGAAGAACUAAUCAGCAGGAUCUUAAUCGCCAUUCAAUAAGCGGCCAUGUACAUAUACCAAAAUAUGAACAACAAUCUCAUGAUAAAAAUCGUUCCAUCUCACAUGAUAAGAUGGAUCGAAAACGAUUACAAGAUACUAGUAGAUCAAGAGGUCACGAUUCAAAUGAAAGUUUAACUCGCGAUAAAUCACGUGAUUCUUUAAACAAACGAACAGUAUUACGAUCAGACUCUAGAGAUGCUAACAAGCGUCGAAAAGAAAGAGGAAGUUCAUCAGAAAAAUCUGAGGUGAAACCCGCAUCUGAUUUGAGAGAACUAGAAUUUCGCGCAAGAGCUUUGCAAUCUCUAUUAGAUAAAACUGAAAAAUCAAACAGGGCGAAAGACAGUCGCUCAAGGCGUAGUGAAAGAUGAUUUUUAAACAAUUUUAAAGAUAAUUUCCUACGCCGAUGUUUUUUGUUUUUUUAAUUUUAUUUUAAAAGUUAA